AUGGAGCAGAUUCCUCCUCCGAAAGAGGUGAAGAUCUUAGAAACAGCCGAAGACAUACAGGAACGUCGUGAACAGGUAUUAAACCGCUAUGAAGACUUCAAGCAAGAGGCACGUGCAAAGCGUGAGAAGUUGGAGGACUCUCGGCGCUUCCAAUACUUCAAACGUGAUGCUGAUGAACUUGAGUCCUGGAUACAGGAAAAGUUGCAGGCUGCCAGCGAUGAGAGCUACAAAGAUCCAACUAACCUGCAGGCCAAGAUCCAAAAGCACCAGGCUUUCGAAGCAGAAGUUGCGGCGCAUUCAAAUGCUAUUGUGGUCUUGGACAACACUGGCAGUGAGAUGAUCUCUGCAGGCCACUUUGCAUCUGAGACCAUCCGUCGUCGUUUGGACGAGUUGCAUCGCUUGUGGGAGCUUUUGUUGUCUCGGCUUGCGGAAAAGGGCAUGAAGUUGCAGCAGGCGUUGGUGCUGGUACAGUUCCUACGCCAUUGCGAUGAAGUAAUGUUUUGGAUCCACGAUAAGGAAACUUUUGUGUGCGCGGAGGAGUUCGGUUCCGACCUGGAGCAUGUUGAGGUGCUACAACGCAAAUUUGAUGAAUUUCAAAAGGAUAUGGCCGCACAAGAAUACCGUGUAACCGAAGUCAACCAGCUGGCCGAAAGACUCGUGCUCGAGGGACACCCUGAAAGAGAGACUAUCGUUAAGCGUAAGGAUGAGUUGAAUGAGGCGUGGCAGCGUCUCCGCCAGAUGGCGCUGAUGCGUCAAGAGCGUUUAUUCGGCGCACACGAGAUCCAACGCUUCAACCGUGAUGCAGACGAGACCAUCGCCUGGAUUUCCGAGAAGGACGUUGUGCUCGGCUCCGACGAUUACGGACGUGAUCUUGCUACUGUGCAGACGCUGCAGCGCAAGCACGAGGGCGUGGAGCGAGACCUGGCGGCGCUGGAGGACAAGGUGUCGACGCUGGAUGGCGAGGCGGCGCGCCUGGCCGCAAUACACGCAGACCACGCGCCCGCCAUACACGCCAAGCGUGACGAGAUCACGCACGCCUGGCAGAAGCUCGUGCAAAAGGCCAAGGAGCGUCGGUCGGAGCUGGAGUCGUCGUACGCGCUGCACCGGUUCCUGGCGGACUACCGCGACCUGGUGUCGUGGGUGUCGGACAUGCGCGCGCUCAUCGCCGCCGACGACCUCGCCAAAGACGUGCCCGGCGCAGAGGCGCUGCUGGAGCGGCACCAGGAGCACAAGGGCGAGAUGGAGGCGCGCGAGGACGCGAUCCGGUCGUGCAUGGCGCAGGGCGCGGCGCUGGCGGCAGGCGGGCACCGCGCUGCCGCGGACGUGCAGGCGGCGCUGGACGCGCUGCGCCGCGACGCUGACGCGCUGCGCGACCUGUGGGAGCAGCGCCGCGUGCUCUACCUGCAGUGCAUGGACCUGCAGCUCUUCUACCGCGACACCGAGCAGGCUGACGCCUGGAUGCACAAGCAGGAGGCAUUCCUUGCCAAUGAAGACGUAGGAGACUCUCUUGAUUCUGUAGAAGCGUUGUUGAAGAAACAUGAAGACUUUGAGAAGUCCCUGGCAGCUCAAGAGGAGAAGAUCAAGGCAUUGGACGAAUUCGCAUCUAAGUUAAUUGACGGACAACAUUACGCUGCUGACGACGUUGCGCAGAGGAGAGAGAUGUUACUUGAACGCAGAGCUGCUUUACUAGAGAAGUCGAACCAACGCCGUGCGCUUUUAGAAGACGCUUACAAGUAUCAGCAAUUCGAGCGAGAUUGUGACGAAACUAAGGGAUGGAUCAACGAGAAGCUGAAGUUCGCGACGGACGACUCGUAUCUGGACCCGACGAACCUGAACGGCAAGGUGCAGAAGCACCAGAACUUCGAGCAGGAGCUGCAGGCCAACAAGCCGCGCGUCGACGAGAUCGCCGCCGCUGGAGCUCGUCUCCUCGAGCAGGAACACUUCGCCAAGCCUCAAAUCGAAGCACGGCUUGGUGAACUUUCGGGCAUGUGGGAAAAGUUAGUGCAGGCGUCAGACCUUAAGGGCAGUAAGCUGCAGGAAGCGGCCGCUCAGCAGCAGUUCAACCGCGCGAGCGAAGAUAUUGAGCUGUGGCUGUCUGAAGUUGAGGGACAGCUGCUUAGUGAAGACUAUGGCAAGGACCUGACGAGCGUGCAGAACCUGCAGAAGAAGCACGCGCUGCUGGAGGCGGACGUGAGCUCGCACGCCGAGCGCAUCGAGGCGCUGCGCGCGCAGGCGCAGCAGUUCAUCGAGCGCGGCCACUUCGACGCGCCCAACAUCCAGGCCAAGCGAGACGCACUUGUGGCUCGCUAUGCAGCACUAGAUAAACCAAUGGCUAUUCGUAAGAGACGACUUUUGGACUCACUUCAAGCACAGCAGCUGUUCCGUGACUUGGACGAUGAAGCUGCCUGGAUUCGCGAGAAGGAGCCAAUUAUCGCUUCUACUAACAGAGGGCGUGACCUGAUCGGCGUACAGAACCUGAUGAAGAAGCACCAGGCGGUGAUGGGCGAGAUGGCGCAGCACGAGGCACGCGUGGAGGCGGUGCGCGCGGCCGGCGCGGCGCUGCGGGCAGCCGGCCACUUCGCCGCCGACGACAUCGCCGCACGCCUGCACCAGCUGCACGCGCACUGGACCCAGCUGCAGGAGAAGGCGCUGCAGCGCAAGCAAGAUCUGGAGGACUCCCUGCAAGCGCAGCAGUACUUCGCGGACGCCAACGAGGCGGAGUCUUGGAUGCGGGAGAAGGAACCGAUGGCAAACACACAGGAUUACGGCAAGGACGAGGACUCCUCUGAGGCGCUGCUCAAGAAGCACGAGGCGCUGCUUUCCGAUCUCGAAGCGUUCGGAAAUACAAUUAAAGCUUUGCGUGAGCAGGCUGAUUCUUGCCGCCAACAAGAGUCCCCGGUGGUGGAUGUAUCGGGCAAGGAGUGUGUGGUGGCGCUGUACGACUAUGCAGAAAAGUCCCCGCGAGAGGUUUCCAUGAAGCGUGGCGACGUGCUUACUCUGCUCAACUCCAACAACAAGGAUUGGUGGAAAGUAGAAGUCAACGACCGCCAAGGUUUCGUACCGGCUGCCUACGUGAAGAAAAUCGAUGCAGGUCUUUCUUCAUCUCAACAGAACCUCGCCGAUUCCAGCUCUAUCGCGGCCAGGCAGAACCAGAUCGAGGCGCAGUAUGACAAUCUGCUGGCACUCGCGCGCGAGAGACAGAAUAAGCUGAAUGAGACGGUGAAGGCCUACGUACUGGUGCGCGAGGCCGCCGAGCUCGCCACAUGGAUCAAGGACAAGGAGAUGCACGCCCAAGUGCAGGACGUGGGCGAAGACCUGGAGCAAGUAGAAGUGAUGCAGAAGAAGUUCGACGACUUCCAGAACGACUUGCGUGCCAACGAAGUCCGACUCGCGGAGAUGAACGAGAUCGCUGUGCAGCUCAUGACCGUCGGUCAGACCGAAGCUGCACUGAAGAUCAAGACGCAGAUGCAGGAGCUGAACUCGAAGUGGACGUCGCUGCAGCAGCUGACGGCGGAGCGCGCCGCGCAGCUGGGCUCGGCGCACGAGGUGCAGCGCUUCCACCGCGACGUGGACGAGACCAAGGACUGGAUCGCCGAGAAGGACGCCGCGCUCGCCACCGACGACCUGGGCAAGGACCUGCGCUCCGUACAGACGUUGCAGCGUAAGCACGAGGGGCUGGAGCGCGACCUAGCGGCGCUGGGCGACAAGAUCCGGCAGCUGGACGAGACCGCCAACCGGCUGAUGGCGUCGCACGGCGACUGCGCCGACGCCACGUACGGCAAGCAGCGCGAGAUCAACCUCGCCUGGCAGCAACUGCAGGCGCGCGCCAACGCGCGAAAGGAGAAGCUGCUUGACUCCUACGAUCUGCAGAGGUUCUUGUCAGACUACCGAGACUUGAUGGCAUGGAUCAACUCGAUGAUGGCGCUGGUGAGUUCAGACGAGCUCGCCAAUGACGUCACCGGCGCCGAGGCGUUGCUCGAGAGACAUCAGGAGCACCGCACGGAGAUGGACGCGCGCGCGGGCACGUUCCAGGCCUUGGAGCUGUUCGGGCAGCAGCUACUGCAGGGCGGCCACUACGCUAGCGUCGACAUACAGGAGAAGCUCAACGCCAUGGCCGACGCACGCCAGGACCUCGAGAAGGCGUGGGUGGCGCGGCGCAUGAAGCUGGACCAGAACCUGGAGCUGCAACUGUUCCUGCGCGACUGCGAGCAGGCGGAGGGCUGGAUGGCGGCGCGCGAGGCCUUCCUGGCACCGGCCGACGCGCACGACCCGCACGACCAGCCCGACGCCGCGGCGCCGGACAACGUUGAGCAGCUCAUCAAAAAGCACGAGGACUUCGACAAGGCCAUCAACGCGCACGAAGAAAAGAUUGCUCAACUGCAAACGUUGGCCGAUCAGCUGAUCGCGUCAGAUCAUUACGCCGCCGAUCCCAUCGACAAGAAACGCAAGCAGGUCCUCGACCGCUGGCGUCAUCUCAAGGAGGCUCUCAUUGAGAAGCGAUCUAGGCUGGGUGAUGAACAGACCUUACAGCAGUUCUCCCGCGACGCCGACGAAAUGGAGAACUGGAUUGCAGAGAAGUUGCAGCUGGCAACAGAAGAGAGUUACAAGGACCCGGCGAACAUCCAGUCGAAGCACCAGAAGCACCAGGCGUUCGAGGCGGAGCUGGCAGCCAACGCCGAGCGGAUCCAGUCCGUGCUGGCCAUGGGUGGCAACCUCGUGCAGCGCGGCCAGUGCAGCGGCAGCGAGGACGCCGUGCAGGCUCGUCUCGCAUCGAUUGCCGACCAAUGGGAGUUCCUCACACAGAAGACUACGGAGAAGUCGCUGAAGCUGAAGGAGGCAAACAAGCAACGCACUUACAUCGCCGCUGUAAAGGACCUCGACUUUUGGCUCGGAGAGGUUGAAAGUCUGCUGACCUCUGAAGAUUCUGGCAAAGACCUCGCCUCAGUGCAGAACCUUAUGAAGAAACACCAGCUCGUCGAGGCCGACAUUCAGGCGCAUGAAGACCGAAUUAAUGACAUGAACGCGCAGGCGGACGCGCUGGUGUCGAGCGGGCAGUUCGACAGCGCGGGCAUCGGGUCGCGACGCGCCGCCAUCAACGAGCGCUUCGAGCGCGUGCGUAACCUGGCCGCGCACCGCCGCGCGCGCCUGCAUGAGGCGAACACGCUGCACCAGUUCUUCCGCGACAUCGCCGACGAGGAGUCCUGGAUCAAAGAAAAGAAGCUUCUCGUGGCAUCUGAUGAUUAUGGACGCGACUUAACUGGGGUGCAGAACCUACUUAAGAAACACAAGCGGCUUGAAGCGGAGCUGGCCAGCCACGAACCUGCAAUUCAAGCAGUGCAGGAAGCUGGAGAAAAACUCAUGGAUGUGUCCAACUUGGGUGUGCCAGAAAUCGAACAAAGACUGAAGGCGUUAGCUCUCGCCUGGUCCGAAUUACAAGCAUUGGCAGAAGAACGUGGUGCCAAGCUGCAGCAAUCAUUGGCCUAUCAGCAGUUCCUGGCCAAAGUAGACGAGGAAGAGGCUUGGAUCAGUGAGAAGCAGCAGCUGGUGGUGGUGAGCGAGUGCGGGGAUAGCAUGGCGGCGGUGCAGGGGCUGCUGAAGAAGCACGAGGCGCUGGAGGCCGAGCUGGCGGCGCGCGGCGAGCGCGUGCGCGAGCUGGCGGCCGCCGGGGAGCGCCUGCUGGCCGCCGGCAACCUGCACGCAGAUGCAUUGGCGCACCGCCUCGAUGCACUGCAGGCGAAGCUAGAGAAGCUGACGGCGCUGGCGGCGCGGCGCAAGGCGGCGCUGGUGGACAACUCGGCGUACCUGCAGCUGCUGUGGAAGGCGGACGUGGUGGAGUCGUGGAUCGCGGACAAGGAGACGCACGUUCGCUCUGACGAGUUCGGCCGCGACCUCUCCACCGUGCAGACGCUGCUCACCAAGCAGGACACCUUCGACGCGGGGCUGGCGGCGUUCGAGCAGGAGGGCAUCCAAAACAUUACUGUACUGAAAGAGCAGCUGGUGGCGGCGGGGCACGAGCAGGCGAGCGCCAUCAGCGCGCGGCACGGCGACGUGCUGGCGCGCUGGCAACGGUUGCGCGACGCCAGCACCGCGCGCCGCCAGCGCCUGCUGCAGCUGCAGGACCAGUUCCGCCAGAUCGAGGAGCUCUACCUCACCUUCGCCAAGAAGGCAUCAGCGUUCAACUCAUGGUUUGAGAAUGCCGAGGAGGAUCUUACAGACCCUGUUCGCUGCAACUCCAUUGAAGAAAUCCGAGCUUUGCGUGACGCUCAUGCCCAAUUCCAGGCCUCACUUUCGUCAGCACAAAGCGACUUCGCAGCGUUGGCGGCGCUUGACGAGCAGAUCAAGUCGUUCAACGUGGGCGCCAACCCGUACACGUGGUUCACCAUGGAGGCGCUCGAGGAGACCUGGCGCAAUCUGCGCAAAAUAAUCGCGGAACGUGAUAUCGAACUGACCAAGGAGGCUCAGCGCCAGGAAGAGAACGACAAACUGCGUAAGGACUUCGCCAAACACGCCAAUGCUUUCCACCAGUGGCUCACAGAGACUCGCACGUCCAUGAUGGAGGGCACGGGCUCGCUGGAGCAGCAGCUGGCCACACUGCGGCAGCGCGCCGGCGAGGUGCGCGCGCGGCGCUCCGAUCUGCGCCGCCUCGAGGAGAUCGGCGCUACUUUGGAAGAGCACCUCAUCUUGGAUAACCGUUACACAGAACACAGCACCGUGGGGCUCGCCCAACAGUGGGACCAACUUGACCAGCUGUCCAUGCGCAUGCAGCACAACCUUGAGCAGCAGAUACAGGCCAGAAAUCACUCUGGCGUGAGCGAGGACGCGCUGAAGGAGUUCUCAAUGAUGUUCAAGCAUUUUGACAAGGACCGGUCCGGGCGGCUCAACCACCACGAGUUCAAGUCGUGCCUGCGUGCGCUCGGCUACGACCUGCCCAUGGUCGAGGAGGGACAGCCAGACCCAGAAUUCGAGGCUAUACUCAAUGUGGUUGAUCCGAAUCGAGACGGGCAGGUGUCACUGCAGGAGUACAUGGCGUUUAUGAUCAGCAAGGAAACUGAGAACGUGCACUCGUCCGAGGAGAUCGAGAACGCGUUCCGUGCCAUCACAGCGCACCAGGAUCGCUCAUACGUCACCAAAGAAGAGCUCUAUGCUAAUCUCACCAAGGAGAUGGCAGAUUACUGCGUCGCGCGCAUGAAGCCUUACGUCGAUCCGAAGACAGAACGACCUAUCCCUAAUGGUCUCGAUUACAUCGACUUCACCCGCACUCUCUUCCAGAACUAA